UGCUUUGUGAAGAGGCUGUCCUUCGCUCAUCCGUACGUGGAGAGAAGUCUGACGUCGCUGGGAGGAAAAUGUCCUGUUGGUUGCGGAAUCAGACUCUGGAGCUGGCAAGAGAUUACAUCGAUUUCUGCAACGGGAUCCAACGGACACCUCCCAGCGAGUCAGCUCUAGCGAUGAGACAUCUAGCCAAAGAGCUGGAGCAGCAGCACCGCUCUAAAUUCCUGUCUCUAUCCCAAACAUUCCUGGGUUCCUGUGGAUCCGACCCAGGCAACAGUCUGAGGAGUGUGAUGGAAGAGCUUGUUGGGGAUGGCAAAUUGAACUGGGGAAGGGUAGUUUCCUUAUUCACUUUCACGGGAGUACUGGUCACCGAACUGUACACCAGGGAAGAGGGCAAAGACUGUUGUAAGAGAUUAGCGCACACUAUAGCUGACUACCUGGGAGUGGAGAAGCGCGAUUGGCUGAUGGAGAAUGAAGGCUGGGAAGGUUUCUGCAAGUUCUCGCGUACUGCCAGGGAGGUCAACCAGGAGUCGUCCAUGAAGACGGCCUUGUUUGCCGCAGCUGGUGUGGGCAUCGCUGGCCUAACCUUUCUGCUGGUGCGCUGAACUAGUCCCAGAUAGCAUCUCUCAUCUGCCAUUAAAAUCUCAUCCUGCCCACUAGGGUCAGUGUCACAGCGUGAAGAGGACCUGAUCACACAUAAGGUGAAUGUUCCACAUGGCUAUUUUACCUUUACUUUUAAAUUAUGACAGAAAAUUUCAUUUUACUAGAUGGUGAUUGUAAAAUUGACACAUGGCCUUCUGAAAUAUUGGAAAUUUUACAUAUCCUUUUCUACUGUCAAAGUAUAUUUUGUAAUUGACAUACACAUGAUGUAGCACAGGUUUCAGUUGUCACCCAUUCACCUCUUGUGUUGUGUACUAUCUUAACGGUCUUGUUUUGGGGUGGAUUUCUCUUUGGAUUAUGUGAUCUCAUCAGAAAGAAAAAUCCUCAGUUCUGUUUUCCUUUUCCUUUCACUAUCUUUGUUUGUGGGAAUGGAACCAUAGAGAAUUGAAAAGUAAUAUAUUUAUAUGAAGUGUAAACUGUAGCCAAUUAGCAGACUUCAUCACUUUUUGCUUUGUUUGCCCAUUUUAAUUGAAAUGUUUGUUUAUAAAUAAUUUCAAGUUUUCAUCCUUUUGAAGAAUGCAAGAAUCUCUGUAAGGUGCUAGCUUGUUCGAAGUCAAGCAUUCAUGCUCUAUUCCACAUACUCUCAAGUGACCAAAAUGUCAAAUGUAUUUAUUUAGCAUUUAAGAACAAACCAUUUCAAUGUCCCUACAUUUGGAAAAAGUCAUUAUAUUUUUACAUCAUUUUAUUUAUUUAACACUUUCUUAAUAAAAAAUGGUACCAUAAAAAUGGA